CUUGUGGAAAACAACUGGCAACUCAGAACAAGGCAACAAGGAUUGUAGGUGGAAGCGAUGCCAGACAAGAAGCUUGGCCUUGGAUAGUUUCAAUUCAUUUUAAUUCCAGACCUGUUUGUGGAGCUUCCCUUGUCAGUGAUGAAUGGCUGGUGACAGCAGCACACUGUGUAUAUGGAAGGCAAUUAAAACCAUCUCAAUGGAAAGCAGUUCUUGGCUUGUAUGACCAAUCAGAUACGACACAGCCUUCAACAGUAGUUCGAAACAUCGAUCAAAUAGUUAUGAAUCCUCACUACAUGAAGAACACAAAAGACAGUGAUAUUGCUCUCAUGCACCUUCAAUAUAAAGUGCAAUAUACAGAUUACAUACAACCUAUCUGUUUACCAGAAAAAAAUCAACAGUUUUUACCAGGAAUUAACUGCUCCAUUGCUGGCUGGGGUCGUAUUACGAACCAAGGUCCCACUUCAGAUAUAUUGCAAGAAGCAGAGGUCCCCCUCAUUUCAAAUGAAAAAUGCCAAGAAGAGAUGCCAGAAUAUAGUAUUACUAAGAAUAUGAUCUGUGCGGGAUAUGACACAGGAGGAGUAGAUUCCUGUCAGGGAGAUUCAGGUGGCCCUCUGACAUUUGAAGAUGGUAAUAAGUGGUUUUUGGUUGGUGUAACAUCAUUUGGCUAUGAGUGUGCACUCCCCAAACGACCAGGAGUGUAUGUUCGAGUCACCAUGUUUGUGGACUGGAUCAAAAAAAUAAUCUAUUAG